AUGACGGACACGGCUGCUGAGCCCCUCAUUCACCAAAACAACAACGACGACGACGACGUCGACUACGGACGAGAUGCGCGGCACAGUCACGAUCAAGACGCGGACCAUGCGCACGUAGACGAGAGCGCGCUGGUCUCGCCGGGGCUGUUCAUCUGGACCCUCACGCUGUGCGCGGGCGUCUCGGGGCUGUUGUUUGGCUACGACACCGGCGUCAUAUCCUCGGCUCUGGUCUCCGUCAACGCCGACCUCUCCUCCCGCCCCCUCACCACGCUGGACAAGAGCCUCAUCACCAGCGCCACCUCCUUCUUCGCCCUGCUGGCCAGCCCGCUGACGGGCCUCGUUGCCGACGCCGCCGGGCGCAAGCCGGUCAUCCUCGCUGCCGACCUGCUGUUCGUGCUGGGCGCGCUGUCCCAGGCGUACACGACGUCGGUCUGGGGCAUGAUCGCGGGCCGCGCCGUCGUGGGCGCGGCCGUGGGGAGCGCGAGCUUCGUCGUGCCGCUGUACAUUGGCGAGCUGAGCCCGAGUCCGUUCCGCGGCCGGCUGGUCACCGUGCUCAGUCUGUUCAUCACGGGCGGCCAGGUCGUUGCCUAUCUCAUCGGCUGGGCCUUUUCAGACACAGCCGGCGGGUGGCGCUGGAUGGUGGGCCUGGGCGCUGUGCCCGCCGUUGCGCAGUUUGGGAUGCUCUUCUUCAUGCCCGAGACGCCGAGGUUCCUCGUCAAGAGGGGGCACAAGGUGCGCGCCAAGCGCGUCCUGAGCCGCGUGUACGGACGUGCUGCCGGCAUGGACAAGCUGGUCAACGCCGUGCUGAGGAGCGUCGAGCGCGAGAUACUCGAGGAAGAGCAGGCCGCGCCCCCGUCCGUCAAGCACGACCACGCCUGGUCCGCCAAGCUCGCCGGCAUCAACGAGACCUUCACCCAGCUCGUCUCCGUGGGCGCACAUCGCCGCGCGCUCAUCAUAGCAUGCAUGCUGCAAGCCGCGCAGCAGCUCUGCGGCUUCAACAGCCUCAUGUACUUCAGCGCCACCAUCUUCCGCCUCGUCGGCUUCCACGCGCCCACCCUGACCUCGCUCUCCGUCGCCGUGACAAACUUCGCCUUCACCCUCGUCGCCUUCUGGUGCAUUGACCGCUUAGGUCGACGGCGCAUCCUGCUCCUCUCCGUCCCCAUCAUGGUCUGCGGCCUCGCGCUGUGCGCCGUCGCGUUUUCCUUCCUCGACCUCGCCGGCCAAGACGAUGCUCCAUCCACCACCCCACGCCUCGCGCGCGCCGCCGCCGCCAACGACACCUCCCUCUGGCCCCCGACCCUCCUCGCCGCCCUCCUCCUCUACGUCGCCGCCUACGCAAUCGGCCUCGGCUGCGUCCCUUGGCAGCAAUCCGAGCUCUUCCCCCUCUCCGUCCGCGCCCUGGGCUCCGGGCUCGCCACCAGCACAAACUGGGCCUGCAACACGCUCGUCGGCCUGACAUUUCUGCCGCUGAUGGAAUUCACCUCGCCCACCGCUGUCUUUGCACUCUACGCUCUCGUGUGCGUCGGCGUGUGGAUAGGCGUUUGGCGCAUCUAUCCUGAGACAGCGGGCUUAGGGCUCGAGGACGUGGGCGGGCUGCUGGGGGAGGGCUUUGGGGUGAAGGAGAGCGUUAGGCGCUUUAAAAGCUUAGAGCAAGUAAGUAAGAGAGAGAGAGAGAGAGAGAGAGAGAGUAGAGAGAGAGUAGAGAGAGAGAGAGAGUAG